AUGAUUAGAAACAAUGAAAUAUUAACAAAGAAUGAUAGAUAAAAUUCUCAUCUUGAUUCCUAUAGAGCAAACUUUAAAAUUGCCGGAUAAACUAUUCUCAACUGUGAUUCUUCUUUGACUUAGGAACAAACUAAUAGAAAUAUCUAUGAGAGUAUUUCUUUUAAUUAAAAUUCAUAGGCGAAAGAACAAAUCAUUAGAGCAUUCUUUAAAAAAUUGGAUAUUCAGUUUCUCAAGAUCUGAAUUAAUAAGAAUACCAGAAAAAAACAAAGGCAGUUCCUGUUUCUACUGAUUUUCAAUCCUCUCAAAAAGUUUCCAGUCGAUAAUCUCAAUAAAUUUCUUUUAUAGCAAGAGGCUAGAGUAUAGAAAUUUUUAAUAAUAAUGACUAAAUGAUAAGCACAUCUGACAGUCCUUAUAAUCCUAAUUACAUCAGAAAAACAUUUCAUUAUUGUGAGGGGUCUUAUGAAAAUAUAAGUGAUAAUUUUCAAAGUGGGAGUAAUGAUCAUACACCUAAGCAAGUAAAAAGUAUGAAUUUGUCAAACAAUUUAAUUUCAACAAAUGAUAUUGCCACAUUGUUUAGGGUGAAAUUUAAAAGAAUAAGAAGAUGUUUUUAAAUAAUAAAGGCACUUUUUAGGAUGAAGACAUUGUGCAAGUAAAUUAAUUAAUUAAACAUUAGUUAGAAGAAAUAAUCUUGGAAUUUGUAAAUGGAUAUUUUAAAGAGAAAUUAGAAGAUUUUAAAAUAUAAUGAAAGCCUUUCAAUAAUAAAGAUAAAAUAAUGGACUUAAAUGGUAUUUUCUAAAGUGAUUUCAAUUAUUCAGUAGAAAAAUUUAGAAAAGUAAAAAUUGAAUUUUAUUGUAAAUAUAUGAAUUUAUAAAAUUUGUAGGACUAUCCCUAAACAAUGACUUCAGUUGAAAUUGAUUAGGCAAUAGUUUUUGUUUAAAACAGUUUUACAUUUGCAAUGUCAAAUCUUGUAGUGAUGACAACAGGCAAAAACCUUAUAAAUGAAUUGAGUUUAUAAAUUCAUUAGGAUUAAUACUUUGCUUAUCGUAAAUAAUUUAGUAAAUUCGUCAGUGAAAGAGCAAAUUAUAUAACCCAAUAGUAUUCUUAAAUUAAUGAAUAAGAAAAAUAAUUACUGUUUUCUGAAUGUAUUAUAAUGAAUAAUUUGAUUCCAAGUUUAGUAAAAUUGACAACGAGUUUGGAAGUGUUGAAAUGUUGUAAAUAAAGUACAGAAUUUUUGAUCAGAUGCAUAAUUUCUCUUUUUUAAUAUUUUUUUAUACUUCAAUUUUAAGAUUAUCCAAAAAUUGAAAUGAAGAAAUAGAAUAUUAAAUAUUCUCAGUAUUAUUUAGGAAAGACUGAUUCAUAAUUGAUUUUAGUCUAGAAAUAAUAAUAAGAGUCAGAAGAUUUAAUAAAUGGAGUUUAUAAAGAAGAAUAAAUGAAAUCAAUAUUUUAAAAGGAGAGUUGGUAUUAGAAUAAUAAAAAAAAGAUGAAUAUAGUGAUAUAGAAUCUCGCAAAUGUAGUUUGA